AUGUCAGGUCUCGAGAUCCCCGGGCUCGUGCUAGGGGUUGUCGGCGUCGUGGUCGCAUUCAAGGGGGCUAUCGACACCGCGCUGAUGAUCGAGUCUUUUUUCGACGACAGUCAAACAGAUUGUGGAUAUCUAGCGUUAUGUUAUCACACUCAAAGGGCGCGUUUACAGCUAUGGGGAGACCUAUGCAGAGUGAAUGAUGAAUCGCAAUCCGAACAAUGCACACUUCGCGACAAACCGGAAUACUUGAAAGUGCUGAUUGUCCGGAUCCUGGGUGAAAUUCGGAAACUCAACCAGGAGGCUAACAGCGUGAUUUCGAAGUACAAUAUUGAUUUGGUGCCCCUCCCAGCGCUCACAGUGGAUGAUAAUCUUGCCCCCGAUCGGGCCCUGCCAGUAGCGUUGUCCAGGAAAACCACGAAACCCAAGUCCCGGAUUCGCUGGACAAUAAAGGGGAAGUCUGUUUUUCAGGAAGUUGUCACAAAGCUCACGAGGCUCGUCAGUGAUCUCCACGAGCUUAAUGUAUAUCCCGGAGAAUCACAGCUUGCGGAAAAAGGGCUUCCGCCUCAAGUUCUCGCCCCAAUUACCGAUCACAAACUAUUGGAUAUUCUGUCCGACCCUCAAAAUGAAGUAAAUCGCACUUUGGCCCUAUCUGCUCGAGCAAAGACUCUUAAUCAAGGGCUUGAACGAGGAUCUACGGGGUCAGCAACCGCAAUAACUGGUCGGGAGUUGGAGUUCCGAGCAGACUCAUCAGUCAUUGGUAUUUUCUUCCAUCGUAAUGGCCAAGAGCUACCCAUCUGGGUCGAGUGGACUUAUUUCGAUGCCGGACCUGGAUCUGAUAGAUAUGCUACGCGCAUCAAAUCGCUGGGAUAUGUCCUAGAACGAGUCAGUCAGUCGGAGCUUUGUCUACCCCCUUGUUACGGGGUGUAUGAUGACCUCCAAUAUGAGACAGAGCACGGAUCCAAACGCCUGGGUUUUGUGUUUGGACUACCACAAUCCGACCCAUCUCUCAACAUUCAAUAUGAAGCCAACCUCCAGCUCCAUCCCCCGCGAAACCUGAAGACUCUCAUCCAGGGAGACAAAAGCGCUGCAAUACCACAUCUCGGAGACCGCUUUCGCUUGGCAUAUCGUCUUGCAAAUGCCUUCAGCCUUUUCCAUGCAGCGGGUUGGCUGCACAAGGGCAUGCAUUGCGGUAAUAUCCACUUCCUCGAACGUACCAACGGCCUUGGUAUCACUGUGCUCGAGCCGUUCAUCACGGGCUUCCAAUGUUCCCGGCCUCAGGAUGGAAUUUCAUUAUCUCGUGGACCCCUCGAAAACCGUGCACUAGACCAUUACUACCACCCUGAUGCGCAUCUAGGGUUCUCGAAACAACGUGAUCUUUAUAGUCUGGGCGUUGUGUUGUGUGAAAUUGGGCGAUGGGCCCUUGUUGCCGACAGCGUUAACGAGCGCAGGAGGAAGAAGCUGACGAGUCGAAAGGCAUGGCGGGACUAUAUGAUUAACAACGUUGUAGAAGAUCUCGGAUGGAGGAUGGGAACUUUGUACCAAGAGACGGUGAGAAAGCUUCUCGAUUCCAGCCUUCCAACUGAUGACGCCGGGGAUGCCGUCUUUGCGCAGCAGUUCCUGGAGGGAGUGAUCCAACCAUUGAGCAUGUGUAAUGCAUGA